CGUAAAAAACCAUGUCUGUGAUUUCUGCUCAUCAAACCCUAAACAUGGAACAAUCUAGUGUUUUACCACCAUCUAUAUCAAUAAAUCAGUUCUCUUCAAUGUUUCUUCUUCAAUUAAUUCUCUUUUCUACUAAAUUUGCCUGAGAGAGAAAACUUAGAAAAAAUCAUCUUCUGUCGUAAGAGUUUCUUCUUCUUCCACAGUUGGUUUUUGUGAAAGUAUCAGCGAUUCCUGGGGAUGUUAGCAUUGCAUCCGGUGAAUCUGUCAUGAUCAAGAAGAGGAUUUGAAAAUUUGAAGGAAAAAAAAAUGUCUGUAGUAGGAGUUUCUUCUUCUUCUCCAGCUGGUUUUAGUGAAAAUAUCGGUGAGAUUCUUGGGGAUGUUAGUAUUUUCACUGCAGCCGGUGAAUCUGUUAUGAUCAAGGAUUUAUGGGAUCAAGAAGAGGGUGUGGCUGUCGUUGCACUUCUAAGGCAUUUUGGGUGCAUUUGUUGCUGGGAACUUGCUUCAAAACUGAAAGAGUCAAAGUCGAGGUUUGAUUCUGCUGGCGUGAAACUAAUUGCUGUUGGUGUUGGUACACCUGGAAAAGCACGUAUUCUUGCUGAGCGGUUGCCUUUUUCUAUGGAUUCCCUUUAUGCAGAUCCUGAUCGCAAGGCAUAUGAUGUUUUGGGAUUAUAUUAUGGCUUUGGCCGCAUUUUCAACCGAGCCAGUGCUAGCUUUUUCUUGAAAUUCGGGGCACUGAAAAAAGUUUGGAAGAAUUACACCAUCAAGGCGAUUCCAGAUGAUAAGAGUAGUAUAUUGCAACAGGGAGGAAUUUUCGUCUUCAAAGGGAAACAGUUGUUAUAUGCAAGGAAAGACAAAGGAAUCAGUGAUCAUGCUCCUUUGGACGAAAUUCUCAAUAUAUGCUGCACUCCGGUUGCUUAAAUCUUACUUCCACAUGAAUGCUUCAAUCUUGUAAUAAAUUGAAUGCAGGUUAGCAGGUAUCGUUUCUGUAAUCUGGUACAGUUUGAGAUCCUGGUGUUUAGGAAUGGGAAUUAUAAAAGACCAUCGUAAUAUUUACACAGGAGAAAAUGUGUAAGUGUGCAAAACUUGAAAUGUAAUUAUGUGUGAAUAAAAUUGAUUUCAUAUGACCUCAUUGAACAGCUUGA